AUGCAAGAGCAGGGAUGCAGCGCAAGUCAGCACGAAGAGCCGCGUUCCUCGGCUGCACCUCACAGCUCGGCAGGGGAGGCUCCUGCAGCAGCUGCAGGACCAGCACUUGAGCACAGCGGCCUCUUUCCUGGAAGCCAGGGAGCACCCACGCCUCCUGCGGUACUGUGUUGCUUCCACAGACUCCACAAGGCAAGCAGUGACGCUUCUUCAGAUGUCUCUGCUGCAGCGCUCGGCGCGGAGACAUCGCUAGCAGCGGAGAGGAGAGAGGAGGCACCAGAAAGGUGGAGAGACUCCCACAGCACGCAGAACGACUUUAUCAAGCAAAUGCUGCACAGCACGAGCAUUCGAGGCCAGCUAGCUCUAGACUGCCUUGGCGAGUCGGAUCUGCCAUGGGAGGAGGACGAGGACGUAGCCGACCCUUCUUCAACAGCCGCAGCAUCCACACCAGCCGGAGAUGCAGAUCCGUUGCAAGAUAUCUUGCGCCUCUGCAAGCCCCUGCAACCAGGGAUGGAGCCGAGUGUGCCGUCUGUGUACAGCGACGCCGUUGGCGACACCGACAGAAGCCUUACGAGCGCCGCAGCUGGUGAGUCGCCUCCUCCUGCUGCUGCCGCAACGACGAGUGCUGCAACAGCGGGUACCACCUCUCCGGCCUCUUCGGGGAGCGCCGUGACGCAGGCGCUUUUCUCUGCCGCUGCUUCAGCCUGCAUGCAGCUGCUCGCGGCGUCGCCUGCAGUAGCAACAGCAGCAACAGCGGUUCCUGCAUCUGCUGCUACCGCUACGUCUUCCUCCACUGCGGCUGCACGCGGAGCUCCUCCUCCAAGCGCUCGCAAGGGAGUGGGAAGCGGUGGCGCAAAAGAUGCACCAGCCGGAGUGGCCGAAGUAAGGAGCACCAGGUUCAUCCCUGCAGAGGGAACCCCCCUCGAGGUGUCAAGGGUGUUAGGAAGAGGUGCUGGUACGUCUCCAAUAGCGCCAGCAGCAGCUGCUGCCGCCGCACGACUUGUGCGAAGCAUUGCUGCAAGCUCUGCCCCGCUGCUUCAGCAGUCGGAUGAAGCUGUGGAUCAGUUUGUCGUAUCCCUCGCAGAAGCCGCUCUUCAAGGGGUGUUCGCCCCCAGAUGCCGAUACACCACCCGGUUGCAGCAACUACAGCACCAGCAGCAACAGCACCAGCAACAACAACAGCAACAGCACCAGAAACAGCAGCAACAAAAGGGAGAUGGUGCAGGCCACACCAGCAGCACCAGCAGCGGCAGCAGCGUUUUACAGGCCAUGCCCAGCACCGUUAAUUUGCCCCUAUUCAGCAUCCCUGGCGAGCGUUCGAGGGCCUUAACGAAACGCGCAUUAAGCGGGUUGCCAGCAGAGCCAGCAGCGGCGACAACAACGGUGGCAACUCCGGCAGCAAAGCCAGCCAUCACAGCAGCAGCAAGACGCUCCGUGCUAGGCUGUGCAGAGGAAUCAGCGGCUGUUCGCACCUCCGCCAGCGGCGAGUCUCGCCUUAUUACGGGAGACACGGGGGUGGCCGGUGUGUUUGUGGCGUCUCAUGCUUUCGAACUGGGAGGCGUCUCUGGGGCUGUGGGGUGUCUUCAAGUACACCCCACGGAAGCCACUGUUGCCGUCGCUGGCACCACAUCGGGGGAGACGUUCCUUCUGGAUCUAGAAGGCCUUCGUAUUCGCUCUGCGCUGCCACACUGCAGCAGAAGCAGCAGGGGCAACCCCGGCAACAACAGGAGAGCCUGCAGUAGUGUGGCUUGGGUAGAGGCGCAGGGCCUGAUAGCGGUCGGAAGCUGUGAGGGAAGGAUCGCUCUGCUCGAUCCCAGAGUGGGAAAAGAAGUUUCCAGCUGGCAUGCGCAGAAGGGCCCCAUAGAUUCCUUUCGCGCGGUUGGUCCUUACGGUAGGCUGCCUGGUAUUGCUGCUGCCGCACUCUUUCCGCCACCAAUUCAAUUUCCGUGUGGCGCCUACCCAUGCAUUGUUUCUGCGGCCGCAGCAUGCGUAUCUGCCUCUUCCAAAGAAGCAUUUUUAAACUUUUGGGACAUAAGAGUGCCUCCCCAGGACCCCCUGCAACCCUUCAGCUCAUGCGACUCCCAAGACUGGUGGUGCGGAGGCGGGAUGGGGGCACGUCGUGGGGUUCUUUCUUGCAUGCGAUUUGAGGAUGGUAUAUCCGACGUUGCAGUCUCUCCAGAGGAAUCGUGCUUUGCUGUGGCGACCUUGGGAGGCGAUGUAACGCUGAUGUCUCUGCCCCUGUCCCCGCAUCCUUGGUUGCUGUCUUUUCCAGUGUGCGAGCUGUGGGAUCUACACGACACGAGCUACAGGGCGCAAAUGUCGGUAUGGGGUUCUUCCUGGGACCACCUGCGGCCUUAUCCGUUGCCUCCAAGGAAACAGACGCAGCCGCGCGUGGUGGACUUCAAACCCUCCCCCCUCUUAAUCUCACCUGACUGCCUCUUCCCCCAACUGCUCGCGGUGCAGAGCACGAGCAUCAAGUGCAGCAGCAAGGCGGGAAGCAGCAGCAGCAACAGCAGCAGCAGCAGGCCCUUCCACGUCUUUCUCAACAACGCAUUCCUGGACGACACGGGAGGUCAGGAUGCUGCACAGGAAGGGAAAGCGGAGGCCACUGCCACUGUUACUGCGGCGUACCCCAAGAAAUCACCCGACGAGGGAGAGAGCUUUGCUGAAGGGUCUACGGAACGAGCAUCUGCAGCCGCAGCAGCAGGAGCAGCAGUAGACGAUAACGAAGAGACUCUGCUGGAGUGGGCCCGCAAUGAGGCCUCCAAGUUUGAGGGCCCCUUGGGGGGCGAUAUGCGCACCCCGGCAAGGGCCUUCUGCUGCAGCCUGUGGAGGGACAAAGUUCUGGGAGUUGGCGGUCCAGCACAUUUGGGAGGAGCCCUACACCUCUGGGAUGCGAGCUCAGGUUUCCUCUGUAGCAGCAGCGUGAGCCCCCAGAGUCAGCAGCAAAUCCGCUGCAUUGCACCACACCCCCGAGGAGCUCCUUUGGCUCUCACCGGCGGCAUCUCCUCGUCAAGGGGUGGGGUUGUUGUUCUUUGGGGGUAUCUUUCUGUAGGGCAAAUGGAGGAUGCAGACCUUGUCGCGCUGUAG